CAGUGUCGGUCUUCAAAAUGCAAAUGAUUAGCCACCGACAUGUUCACACAUUGAAGAAGUUUCUCGCCUGAUUUACGCUAUGCUUACUUUUUGAACUACGAUAUCAAAUAACCAAAACAAACGUUAGCUAACUUGCUAGGGCAACGUGCUGUCAGCAACGCUAGCUAGCUAACACAACGUUACGUUAGCUAGCUAGCCAGCCAGCCAGCCAGCAACAUUUCUCUGAUAGCUAGCCGGUUUGGACCACAGUUAUAUUUACAGGUUUUGACAUACACGGUCAAAAUGGAGCUGUUUCAAGCCAAAGACCAUUACAUUCUCCAGAGUGGCGAUCAUGCUCUUUGGUGUAGCCGAAUAGAUGGGACCAUGAAUGUCAGACCUGCAACAGACCUGCUGUUAGCUUGGAACCCAACGUGUUUAGGCCUGGUUGAGGGUCUCGUCGGGAAAAUACAACUUCAUACAGAUCUUCCUCUGGGUCUCAUACUGAUCCGUCAGAAAGUGCUUGUUGGCCAGAUGCCAGGUGACCACAAAGUCUACAAGAUCACCAAGAUAGCUGUCAUUCCUCUGUCUGAGGAAGAGCCUCUGGAGCUGGAGCUGGAGCUUUGUAAGAAGCAUCACUUUGGGAUCGACAAACCAGAGAAGCUUGCACAGUCUCCAGAUGAGUCGAAGUUCCUGAUGAAAACUCUGAGUCAGAUCAAGUCUAAUGUUGGGGCUCCCACGAAGAAAAAGUAUUCCCCUGCCUUUCAGGUCAAGGAAAACAAAGAAAAGGAGCGUCUCGAGAGGCGGCUGCUCGAUGAGCUGUACAAGAUAUUCAUGGACUCCGAUUCCUUCUACUACAGCAUGACCUAUGACCUCACCAACACUGUGCAGCGGCAGGGAGACACAGAGAAGUCAAACUUGCCCCUAUGGAAGCAGGUGGAUGACAGAUUCUUCUGGAACAAACACAUGGUCCAGGAGCUCAUCGAUCUGCAGGUUCCAGAGGUGGACUUCUGGGUGACGCCCAUCAUCCAGGGCUUUGUGCAGGUGGAGGAGCUGGUGGUGAACUACAACGAGAGUCCAGAUGAGGAGAAGAACAGCCCCGACACGCCGCUCCAGGAGCUCACCUGCGUGGACGACAUCCACCCGCGCUUCACCGUGGCCCUCAUCUCCCGCCGCAGUCGCCACCGUGCAGGGAUGCGGUACAAACGCAGAGGGGUUGACACAGACGGCCACGUGGCUAACUUUGUGGAGACUGAGCAGCUGAUCCACGUGCACAACCACUCGCUGUCCUUUGUGCAGAGUCGCGGCUCGGUGCCCGUCUUCUGGAGCCAAGCAGGCUACCGCUACAACCCCAGGCCUCGGCUGGAGAAAGGAGAGAAGGAGACAAUUCCUUACUUUGCUGCGCACUUUGAUGAACAGCUCAACCUUUACAAGAAGCAGGUCAUCAUUAACUUAGUGGAUCAAAGUGGGCGGGAGAAGAUCAUUGGCGACGCAUAUCUCAAACAAGUCCUUCUAUACAACAAUCCUAACCUGACAUAUGUCUCUUUUGACUUCCAUGAGCACUGUCGAGGUAUGAAGUUUGAAAAUGUGCAAACGCUGACAGAUGCCAUCUCCGAUAUUAUUGCAGACAUGAGAUGGGGGUGGGUCGACCAGGCAGGAGUCAUCUGCCACCAGGAGGGCAUUUUCCGGGUGAACUGCAUGGACUGUCUGGACAGGACCAAUGUAGUCCAGGCUUCCAUCGCUCGUGCUGUAAUGGAGGCACAGCUGAAGAAACUGGGUGUGAUGCCCCCUGAGCAGCCUCUGCCCCUCAAGUGCUACAGGAUCUACCAGGUCAUGUGGGCCAACAACGGCGACACCAUCAGCAGACAGUACGCCGGCACGGCUGCCCUCAAGGGAGACUUCACCAGAACGGGGGAGAGAAAACUGGCCGGGGUGAUGAAAGAUGGCGUGAACUCAGCCAACCGUUACUAUCUGAACCGCUUCAGGGACGCAUACAGACAAGCAGUCAUUGAUCUGAUGAUGGGGCAUCCUGUGACGGAGGACCUAUACUCCAUCUUCAGUAAGGAGAAGGAGCAUGAGGAGAAGGAGCAGGAGAGCCAGAGAGUAACCCAGGAGCAGGUCAGCCUCCUGCUGCAGACCUACAUGCAGCUGCUGCUGCCCGACGAUGAGAAGUUCCAUGGGGGCUGGGCCCUUAUCGACUGUGACAUGAGCCUUAUUGAUGCAACCAGCAAGGAUGUGGAUGUUCUCCUGCUGCUAUCCAACAGUGCAUAUUACGUUGCCUAUUAUGAUGAGGAAGCUGACAAAGUCAAUCAGUACCAGCGCCUCAACUUAGAGGGUUUGGAAAAGAUUGAAAUAGGCCCAGAACCCACUCUGUUCGGGAAGCCCAAAUUCUGCUGUAUGCGUCUACACUAUAAUAAUGGGGAGACAAGUGGUUAUUUUCACACACUAAGGGCCCUCACAAGGAAUCCUGAGGACGAUGGUAAAGACACGUUGCAGUGCAUCGCAGAGAUGCUUCGCCUAACUAAGCAAGCCAUGGGACUUGACCUGCAGGUGGUUGAAAAGAAACUGGAGAGGAGGCACAGUAAACCUCACGAGGACAUCAUGGGCAUCCAGGGCAGACACCCAGACCAGGUCCUGGGCAGCUCUGGUCUGGCUCAGGGCAAGAGCUUCCUCCUCAACAAGUUCUCCUCCCUCAACCAGAGGGUGAAGAAGUCCAACGUCAACAUGGGCUCCUUCAAGGGGAGACUGGGAAACACCUUCUCCACCAAGCCGGACGUGAAGGUGAACUUUCUGAAACCCACCAUGGGGGUCACCCUCUGGAAGUCUGAUAGCAGCUUGGAGACGUCGGACGGGGCCAACAUCGGCCCGGCUCUGAAGGACCUCUGUGACAACCACUCAGAGAUGUCAUCAGACUCGGACUCCUACAACUCGGACGAACAACUGCGCUCCAGCUCCUUGGAGAAUGUGGACUACGUGCUGCCCAGCUGCGGCAUCGUGGCGUCGGCUCCGCGACUAGGCAGUCGAGGCAGCGUGGAGCUCAACAUCCGGGUCACUGGCUGCGACAGUAAGCAGGAGGCUCCGGCUCUAGCCAGUCCUGAAGACCAGUCCCCCGGGGUUACCUCGGAGGCUGAGGAGGCCAUCCUGAUAGACUUUGGAACUCCAAUUGAUGCCUAUUGCCACCAAUUCAUCCAAGACGCGCAGACCAAACCUGUGGAGGUGUUCGGGGAGCAGGUGGCUUGUAGCCUCCCCACACAGAACCCACAAGUCCCUCCACAUGCUAAAGGCCCCCUGGCCCCAGACGGACACCCAGGUUCAGAUCAGCAGGAGGAGGAGCUCCAGCUCCCUCCCAGGCCGUCCCAGCUAGAUGUUGCCUCCGGCCCCAAUCUCCUGACCGUCCAGAAGCCCAUCUCUGCAGCUUCCGGCAGCUCCCAGAGGAGCCUGGGCUCUCACAUGGAGGGUAGCCUGGGCCCCUCUCCCGCCGACAGCAACGGCAGUCGCGUGGUCUCCCCCUUUGCCAAGAUCAAGAGCUCCAUGGUGCAGGUGGCCAGCCUGACCCAAGCUGGACUGACCCAAGGCAUCAACUUUGCUGUGGCGAAGGUGCAGAAGAGCCCAGAGCCAGAAAUGGCCACUCUAAACGAGACCCAAGAGAACGAGCUGAAGGCAAUGUUUACACAGUGCCAGACCAGGAUCAUACAGAUCUAGCACUUCCCAAGUUGUAGCCUCUAAGCAGGUUUUUGUACAGUUUCUAUGUGACUUCCAGUACAGUAGCGUAAGCUGACUCUGCUUAGAACCCCACUCUUCAAUUUCCUCUAUAGUUGACAUGACCAUGUUUACAGCCAGUGUUGUGUAGUGUGUGUAUAAUACUCCAGCUCUAUAUGACAGCAUCCUUAAUCCUGUUGCAUUUCCUUUCGAGAGAUUUUCCAGAUAUAUUUGCAUGUCAGGUUAUUGGUAAUAACUAAGGCAGGUAAUAUCCAGUGUAUGUUGAGAGGCAAGCUCUGGAUUUAUCAUUUUGGUGAUCCCAUAUGUGCAGUGCACCAAUUUGGCAUUUGUGAUAAUAGGCCUAGUUUAUAGCUCUGUUACCAAAAGAAGUACAAGUUUUUGACAAUUUUUCUCUUGAUUUUCAAAGGGCAGAUCCAUGUUAGAUAGUCCCCUAAUAAGAAAACAAACUGCUUGUAGAAUCAGUGUUGCUGAGUUUCUCCCUACCGAUAUUGGAAAUGUACCAAGGUAGGACUUAAUCAAGGUACAAGAACUCCGGUUAGAGUAUACUGUUUUGAUAUGUAAAUAUUGUACUGUAUGUACAGUGACUAUCAUACAUAUUUAUCCCUGUUGGAUUUCUUCACAUUUUGUUACACAAGUGGGAUUAAAAUGGAUUUAAUUGUCAAAGAUUUCCAUUGAGAUUAAUGUAAAAUAUAGCACUAAUAUAUCUUGCUUUGGUAAGUACUCACCCUACAGCUGUGUCUUGGGUAAGUCUCUAAGAGCUUUGCCCACCUGGAUUGUGCAAUAUUUGCCCAUUUUUAUUUUAUUAUUUUCAAAAAUCUUCAAAUUUCAAGUCUUGCUAUAGAUUUUCAAGCAGAUUGAAGUCAAUCUGUAACUUGGCCACUCAGGAACAUUCAUUGUCUUCUUGGUUAGCAACUCCAGUGUAGAUUUGGCCUUGUGUUGUAGGUGAUUGUUCAGCUGAAAGGUGAAUUCCUCUCCCAGUGUCUGGUGUAAAGCAGACUGAACCAGGUUUUCCUCUAGGAUUUCGCAUGUGCUGAGCUCAAUCCCGUUUAUUUUUAUCCUGAAAAACUCCGUCUUUGCCGAUGUCAAGCAUACCCAUACCAUAAUGCAGCCACCACCAUGCUUGAAAAUAAGGAGGCAGUUCCAGUGAUGUGUUGUUGAAUUUGCCCCAAACAAAAGGCUUUGCAUUUAGGUCAAAAAUUGUGUUCCUUUGCUGUGUUUGUUUUUUUGCAGUAUUACUUUAGUGCCUUUAUUGCUUACAGAAUGUAUGUUUUGGAAUAUUUGUAUUUUUCUUUUCAGUCAUUUAGGUCAUUUUUGUGAAGUCACUGCAAUGUUAUUCAUCCAUCCGUUUUCUCACAUCACCACAAUUCUGAAGCUGUUUUAAAAUCACCAAUGGCCCCAUGGUGACAUCCCUGAGCAGUUUCCCUCAUGUCCUGCACUCAGUUCAGAAGGAUGACUGUAUCUCUUAUGUGUUUGGGUGGUUUAAUACAUCAUCCACAGCAUCAGUAUUAACUUGACCAUACUCAAAGAGAUAUUCAAUGUCUGAUUUGUUAUUGUUACUCAUGUACCAACCACGGACCUUCUUUGUGGGGCGUUCUCCCUGUUCUUUUGUAGUUCAAUCUGUGCUUGAAAUCCAAUACUUGACUGACAGACCUUAUAUGUACUGUAUGGGGGACAGAGGAAGGUGUAGUCACACAAAAAUCAUGACAUCCCCUAUUAUUUCACACAGUAACUCCAUGUAACUUAUUGUGAUUUGUUAAGCGAAAUGUUACUCCUGAACUAAUUUAGGCUUGGCUAAACAAAGGGGAUGAAUACUUAUGCAACAGGUAUAUUUUAGUUAUUACAUUUGUAUUCAUUUGUUAAAAAAAAAAAUCACUUUGACAUUAUGGAGUCUUUUGUAUAGGUCAGGGAUGGGCAUCUCGAGUCCUCGGGGUGCCGGAGUGGUGCCGCGCACUUUUACUCCAUCUCUAGCAAACAAAGCUAAUGUAACUUAGUUGCGUUCUACACUGAAGAUCAUGAUUAGUUGAUUAUUGGAGUCAGGGGCGUUAGCUGGGGGAAAAGUGUGCCGUCAAUCAGGCCCCUGAGGACUGGAGUUCCCCCAUGCCUGGUGUAGAUCAAUGACAAAAAGAUAACAAUUAAAUAUUUUUCAAUCCAACUUUCCAACGCAACAAAACGUGAAGAAAUCCAAGGGAGUGAAUACUUAAAUAUAUUUGUUCCAUGUGUAGAACCUUUCUAUUGACCAACAUAUAUUGAUGGACAUAGCACUAUAGUAGCAGUCAAAAGUUUGGACACACCUGCUCAUUCAAGGGUUUUCUUUCAAGGGUUUUCUUUAUUUUCUUCUACAUUGUAGAAUAAUAGUGAAGACGUCAAAACUAUGAAAUAACACAUGGAAUCAUGUAGUAACCAAAAAGGUGUUAAACAAAUGAAAAUAUAUUUUAGAUUUUUCAAAGGAGCUCUUUGCCUUGAUGACAGCUUUGCACACUCUUGGCAUUCUUUCAACCAGCUUCACAUGGAAUGCUUUUACAACAGUCUUGAAGGAGUUCCCACAUGCUGAGUACUUGUUGGCUGCUUUUCCUUCACUCUGUGAUCCAACUCAUCCCAAACCAUCUCAAUUGGGUUGAGGUCAGGUGAUUUUGGAGGCCAGGUCAUCUGAUGCAGCCACUCCAUCGCUCCUUCUUGGUCAAAUAGCCCUUACACCACCUGGAUGUGUGUUGGGUCAUUGUCCUGUUGAAAAACACAUGAUAGUCCACUAAGCGCAAACCAGAUGGGAUGCUGUGUUAACCAUGCUGGUUAAGUGUGCCUUGAAUUCUAAAUAAAUCCGUGGCACCAGCAAAGCACCCAUGCUUCAGGGGGGGAACCACACAUGCGGAGAUCAUCCGUUCACUUACACUGCGCAUCACAGACACGGUGGUUAGAACCAAAAAUCUCAAAUUUGGACUCCUUAGACCAAAAGACAGAUUUCCACAGGUCUAAUGUCCAUUGCUCGUGUUUCUUGGCUCAAACAAGUCUUCUUAUUGGUGUCCUUUAGUAGUGGUAGUUUCUCUGCAGCAAUUCAACCAUGAAGGCCUGAUUCAGAUGUGAGAUGUCUGUUACUUGAACACUGUUAAGCAUUUAUUUGGGCUGCAAUUUCUGAGGCUGGUAACUCUAAUGAACUUAUCCUCUGCACCAGAGGUAACUAUGGGUCUUCCUUUCCUGUGGCGGUCCUCAUGAGAGCCAGUUUCAUCAUAGCGCUUGAUGGUUUUUGUGACUGCAUUAUAAGUAACUUUCAACGUUCUUGAAAUGUUCUGUAUUGAAAGACCUUCAUGUUUUAACGUAAUAAUGGACUGUUGUUUCUCUUUGCUUAUUUGAGCUGUUCUUGCCAUAAUAUGGACUUAGUCGUUUGCCAAAUAGGUCGUAUCUUCUCUAUACCACCCUUACCUUGUCAGAACACAACUGAUUGGCUCAAACACAUUAAGAAGGAAAGAAAUUCCAGAAAUGAACUUUUAACAAGGCACACCUGUUAAUUGAAAUGCAUUCCAGGUGACUAUGAAGCUGGUUGAGAGAAUGCAAAGAGUGUGCAAAGCUGUCAUCAAGGCAAAGGGUGGCUAUUUGAAGAAUCUGAAAUAUGAAAUCUAUUUUGAUUUGUUUAACACUUUUUUUUUGGUUACUGCAUGAUUCCAUAUGUGUUGUUUCAUAUAGUUUUGAUGUCUUCACUAUUCUGCAAUGUAGAAAAUAGUAAAAAAUCAACAGAAACCCUUGAAUGAGUAGGUGUGUCCAAGCUUUAGACUGGUACUGUAUGUCUCAGUACAGUUUGGCUUUUGAUCACAUUGAUGUUAGAGUAAGAUGCACUGCAACUGAACAUUUCCGAGGGGUAAUGAGCGUGUUUACUUGAGCAUACCCAAUAUUCACUUUCAACUGACAAAAUAAUGUUGGUUUGAUUCUGUAAGCAUUAGUGGAUAGAGAGGACUUAAUAAAAAAUUGUACAUAAAUGAGUGUACCUGAUAUGAGGGUGCGUUAGGUUUAUGAAACCCAAAGUCUCAUGUUUGACACUGUACAGUAGCAUAUAGAAUAAUGCAAAGUGGCACGUCCAAACCUUAUAAAAACACACUUCAAAUGCUUUAUGCACUCCUGAAUCUAAAGCGUGGGCUUUAACAGGAAAUGAAAGUGGGAGAUUGUGUAUAACAGGUAUUUAUGGCAAAUCCACCUUUUUUAGAGUUUAGUUUAUUCCAUCAUGUUGCAGCAUCAUUCGUUUGAUCUUAGUACUGUAUAUGAGAUCCUUUUCAAGGUAGCGCCAUCUUUAUCUUGGGAUAUUCUAUCACCCGGCUUAUGCUUUUAAAUGGUGUUGAAUACUCAUGGACAUGAGCUUCGUGUGUGUUUGUGUGGCUCAUGUUUGUAAUAAUCUUGCAUUGCCAGUCCCUUGGGAGACUGGAGAUUGUGUAACAAUAGAUGUGCAGAAAAGCAUCCCAGGCACCUGCUGCUGGUAUAUUUGUGUGCCCUCUGUAGAAAUAGAACUCUAAUAUCUGUGAUGUAAAACUUUUGGAGGGAUACAAAUUUGCAUACAUAUUGAGUCAAUGGAAUGGCAUUUGACACAGGUACACCGCAUAGGCCAGUUUCCUGGACCUAGAUUAAGCCUAAUACUGGACAAAAAAAAGUGUUGAUGAAGAUUAUCCAUUUGAUGUGCUUUUUUAGUCCGAGAAGGCCCUACAGAAACAUUCCUUAUAUGUAAUGAUUAUGCCCUGUAUCUAAUGAUUGUUAUGUGUUUAGUAUAUGUUAUCUGGGGCGGCAGGUAGCCUAGCGUUUCGAGCGUUGGGCCAGUAACCGAAAGGUUGCAAGAUUGAAUCCCCGAACUGACAAUGUAAAAAAAAAAAAAAAAAAAAUGUUGUUCUGCCCCUGAACAAGGUCGGACGACUGUUCUCCGGUAGGCCAUCAUUGUAAAUUAUAAUUUGUUCUUAACUGACUUGCCUAGUUAAAUCAAAAAUAAAUAAAUGUGACUGUGUUAAGGCUUGUGAACCUCAUAAUAUGGGGUGUUGCUGUGAACACAUUAUGUAUGGAAGUUGUACAGAACAGUAUCGUAACUCCUGUAACUCCCAAUCAAAGGGGGGUGCUCCAGCAGGUCUUUCCUGUUGAUCCAUGGCCUUUUCCCUGUGGUUUAUGGGCCAAACCACAAGAUCAUCUGGGAACCAGGCAGUGCAGCGCUACUUUCAUUUGGUUAGUGAGAUCCAUUGGAAUAUGUUACUGAUUCUUAACCAGUAUUCUCCAACCCUAUUCCUUAAGCGCCCUCCUGUAGGAUUUCGCUCCAAACCCAGUUUUAAUUAACCUGAUACAGCUCAACAGCUAAUUAUUAGUCAGGUGUGCAAGAUUAGGGUUGGAGUGAACCCACAGGACGGUAUCGCUCUAGGAACAGGAUUGGAGAGCCCUGUUUAAACACUGACGACACCCCCUAAAGCAGGGUUCCCUAAAUGGCGGCCAGCGGGUGGUUUUAUUUGCCCUCCCCCCCCAAGUUUUUUGAGCCCCAAAAUAUUUUUUUUGUUUGUUUAAUGGUCUUUGUUGGAUAUAAGAAAACACCAGGAAAUGAGCUUCAAGUGAUUUUAAUUUGAGAAAUCUGUUCAAGUAUUUCCAAGAAUAAUAGAGACACGUGAUUAUAAACAAAUGAAAGCAAGGUUUGAAAUUAUUACAUUUUAUUCCAAUAUGAUAUCGGUUUGGGCUUCUUGCGGUUAAUUUGCAAUUAUGUUCCGGCCCCCCCGACCAUCAGCUCAAGAAAACAAAUCGGCCCGCGGCUGAAUCUCGUUGUCGACCCCUGCCCUAAAGGAAUGAAUACUUAGUUAGGACCAGCCCCUAACUCAUUUCAACCUCUUUAUUAAACUCCUCUGGGUGUGGUAGCUUCUACUAGGAGUAUCUUCUGUUCUUCCUCGGGCAGGAAUAUCCCAAGAUAAAUGGUCACUGUCUCCUUUAUAACGUUUGUUUCUGUACUAAUCUGUCAUUUCAUCUGUUCUUCACAGAAUUCAGUGGUGUAGCUUGCUCACCCGCUGUAUCCCAGAGUCUGGGAUGGUUGUACAUGUUUCUGUGUAGCCUUUAUAUAGUGAGUCUGUUGUCUGUCCUGGGAAUUGUGGGUGCUGACUCCUCAGUCACCAGACCUGCUGAUAUUGUCUUGCACUGCCAAACCUUUAAUAUGAUCUCUGCAAUGCAAUAGGAAUAUAAUAAGGCUUUAAGCAGGGCUACGGGUUGCAUUUGUGAUGUGAUUGUAUUUAGGAAUGCAUAUACUGGACUGGAGCAACUCGGACCUACUGUAAAAAUUAAGUUUCUUUAAAGUGUAAACAUUCCUUUUGAGAUGGGGUUUUAGUGUUGGAAUUGUGUAUUUUUCUCUGGCUAGAGUAAGCUAGUCUAGGGGUUAGGGUUAAGUGGAAGGGUUAGCUAACAUGCAAAGUAGCAAGUAGUUGCUAAUUACCUACAAUGUUAAAGUUGUCUGUGAUGAGAUUUGAGCUCGCAACUUUUGGGUUGCUAGAUGUUGGUGUUACACGCCCACCCAUCUACCCACCAACCUCCCUGUUUUUUGCCUUAAGUAACCAUCUGUCUUGUGUAACCAUACCAAAUGUAACACAUCGUACUAAACUGAGUCUUGGAUCUACGUACAGAAUAGUACUAAACGCUCAAUGGUUGACUUCACUUACCAGUGUUUCCAAACCCUGGUCCUCGAGCACCCCCAACAGUACACAGUUUUGUUGUAGCCCUUGACAAACACCUCUCAUUCAACUCAUUGAGGGCUUGAUGAUUAGUUGACAUGUUGAAUCAGGUGUGCUUGUCCGGGGUUACAAUAAAAAUGUGUACUGUUGGGGUUACUCGAGGACCUGGGUUGGGAAACACUCACUUUUAUACCAGACAUGCUCCAGUAAGGAUCCUGCCUAGGUUUGCAACCCUAAUCCUGCCCAUAGAAAAUGUAGUUACAUUUGUGAGUGAUGACGCAACACAAUUGCAUAAGUACAUUUUCCUGCACUGUCCCAUGUCUGUGGUUGUACUUCCAUCUCUUUAAAUGGACUUGUCAUGUUUUCAUGUUGUACUCUUAUUGAAUAUUAAAAUAUCCUAUUUAUUCAUA